CCCAAAUUCUACUCUCGACAAGUUUCAACGCCUUUCAAAGCACCGCUACCAUAAUGCCAUCUACUGCUCAGAACGUCACUCUUUCUGUCAAGACCAAUCUUGGUCGUUACUCCCCAUUUUCUAAGCGGGGUUCUGGUUUCGGUAACCUAGGUGCAGAGAACGGUAAUUGGAGGAGGUCGAGAGGGGACAGCUCUAGCGAUGCAUCGUCUUCUCCUCCGUCUUCGCCGUCAUCCCCAACGAAGGUAGCCUUACCUUGUACCAGCUCUAAUGGUCCUCACAGAAGUACUGCGUCGGCACACAAACAUUCUGCUUUAGCAGUCUACACUAUCAACGACUUGCUUCUGCUUCAGCAGUCACCUUUGGCUCGUAUGUCGCCCGAGACUCGUGGUGCAAUGAAGGAGAAUGUUCCCGAGAUCGUGCUGAGCAGGAAACAGCGACACAACCUCAAGAGGGGAAACGGACAGGGUCAUCGAGCGGUUGCUGCACAACAACAGCAACAGCAUGUUCCUAAUACUCAACCUCCAGCUCUCGAACAGUCUUUACUGGCAAUGAUACCAUCAGUGUCUCCUCGUACUUUGAUUGUACCCACUGCUCCCCUCCAAAGACAACAAAGCAGGUUGAGGAUGAAGAGACGUGCUUCCAAAACUAUUGUCGAUGAACUUAGCUGGCGGAGGGUCCAAAGACCGAGGACGAAUAUCCUUGCUGCAACCAUUGUUGCUCAGUAAACCCGACAUUGACUCGGAUAUCCUAACCACCUACCGGACUUCUCAUUACACAACCCGACGGAUUCCGCGGACUGUCUGUAUCAUUAUUCAUUCCUUGCCGCGUGUACAAUUUAGACGAAGUAACGAUUGUAGAUACACAUUACGAAUAGAUUACAUGAUUAAUACUAAUACUGCGAACUUGAA